CUUCUUUUUUUCUCCCUUCUUGUUAUGCUCUGAUCUAUUGCUUCUCUGCUCCUUCAUUUUGUUCUGUUCUUUCUCUUCAAUAAAACCACGCAACUAUAACAAAUCAUAAUUAGUUUGCUUUACUCCUUCGGGAUCCUUAAGCGAAGAUGACUCAGCAGAAUGUGGUAGUGUCCGAGACGAAAUCUGGGAUCAACUGGGCUAUAACUGCUGCACAAAAGCCACCGGCGGGGCCAGGUGGGUACAUUCUCAUUCCAAGGAGGAGGAUUUUGAAGAACCUUGAAAUCAAUGGAGGACAAAGAAUCAAUGCAUGGAUUGACUCCAUGAAAGCCUCUUCUCCAACCCAUGUCAAAUCCACUCCUUCUUUGGCCGAAGAACAAAACUCUUGGAUUCUUCGCCACCCAUCAGCAUUAGACAUGUUUGAGGAAAUUAUGGAUUCAUCGAAGGGAAAGAAAAUUGUAAUCUUCCUAGACUACGAUGGUACCUUGUCGCCUAUAGUAGAGGACCCCGACCGUGCUUUCAUGUCGGAUUCGAUGAGAAAAACAGUAAGGAAACUCGCAAGGUGUUUUCCCACUGCAAUAGUUAGCGGCAGAAGCAGAGACAAGGUAUACAAUUUUGUUCGCCUGGCAGAGCUAUAUUAUGCUGGAAGCCAUGGUAUGGAUAUUAAAGGCCCAACAAGAAGCUCAAAAUACAACAAAAACAAUAAAGCAGAGGCAGUUCUUUUUCAACCUGCCAGUGAAUUUCUUCCCAUGAUAGAUGAGGUGUACCAACAAUUAGUUGAGAAAACGAAAUCAACUCCUGGAGCCAGGGUCGAGAACAACAAGUUCUGCGUGUCUGUUCAUUUUCGCUGCGUCGAUGAAAAGAAAUGGAGUGAACUGGCACACCAAGUGAGAUCAGUGUUAAAGGAAUACCCGAAGCUUCGUCUUAGCCAAGGAAGAAAGGUACUAGAGAUUCGUCCCACUAUUAAAUGGGACAAAGGGAAGGCCCUGGAAUUUUUGUUAGAGUCACUCGGAUUUGCCAACUGUAAUGAUGUCUUUCCUGUUUAUAUUGGUGAUGACAGAACCGAUGAAGAUGCAUUCAAGAAAUUAAGAGACAGAGGACAAGGUUUUGGUAUUCUUGUCUCGAAAUUUCCGAAGGAAACAACUGCAUCAUACUCUUUACAGGAACCCAAUGAGGUUAUGGACUUCCUUCAACGUUUGGUGGAGUGGAAACAAGUAUCCCUGCGAGCACGUUCCUGGGUGUAAAUGAAUAGAAUGACAUUAUACAUACCUACGCUGCCGUAAAAAUGAAAUUCGCUAGGGUAGGAUAUAGGACCCUUUUUUUUCUCUGUUUUGUUCAGAUUAGAACAAAGAACAAAAAUGUAUGGAAAAAAGAAAGAGAAAAGUGCCUUUCUGAGUUUGAAAGCAAGUCCGCGUUUCUGUAAUUAGCCAAGUAGUACAUGUAGUACAGGGAAAA